AUGGUCAGGUGCCUAACUUUUCUUGCUAUUUUGCUGACUGUAUGGGGGGUUACCUCGGCUUCCUAUAGUUGGAGUGGACCGACAGCGGCGGCAAAGUGUGAUAAGGAGGCUAAAGCACUCCGCAGUCUCAUUGCACAGAUGAAAAACACUGUCGUUCUUCUAAAAAAACAAUUGGCCAAAAUUCAUUAUGGCGCCAUAAAAGGUCCUAAAGGAAGCCCAGGGCAUCCGGGACAUAAGGGACCACGCGGCAUUCCAGGAAUGAAGGGCGAAAGGGGUGAUCCAGGUCCCAUUGGGCCAAGACCAUAUGAAACAGGAUAUCCUGGCCAUAAAGGACCUAGAGGGGAUCCCGGGGAUCAAGGAAAAUUUGGACAUAAUGGGAAAAUGGGUGAACAGGGCGACCAGGGAGAAAAGGGACCAAAGGGAUAUCGAGGUCCAAAAGGUCCCAACGGUGUUAGAGGAGAUCCGGGAGAGAAAGGAGACAAGGGUGACCCGGGAAAACAAGGCAUUAAAGGUAUAAAAGGAUCAACAGGGGACCUAGGACCAAAAGGAGUUACAGGAGAUAUUGGGGAAAAAGGACUGGUUGGACCUAAAGGCAUUAGGGGCGAAAAGGGUGAGAUAGGAGACCAAGGAAAACAGGGCAAGAAGGGUUUGAAGGGUGAAAAGGGGCAAAAAGGAAACAAGGGACCUAAAGGUAACAAGGGACCAACUGGAGACAUGGGUCCAAAGGGGAUGCAGGGAGAGAGGGGUCCAAAGGGAUUUAGAGGACCUAAGGGAGAAAAGGGUAGAAGGGGUGAGAAGGGUGAUCCAGGAAACAUGGGCAUGAAGGGGGAACGUGGAGACAAAGGUCCAAAGGGCAUGAAAGGGGUUAAGGGACCCGAGGGAGAUAUGGGUAACCCAGGAGACAUGGGGUCUAAAGGACACAAAGGUGGAAAGGGAGAUCGUGGAGAGAAGGGCGAUCAGGGUGAAAAAGGGGAGACAGGAGACCAGGGACCACCUGGAGAUAAAGGCCUCACGGGGGAUCCUGGCUUUCCCGGCGAUAAAGGACCCCCUGGACACAAGGGACCAAAAGGUGUCAAAGGGCAUGUGGGACCAAAAGGGGGAAAAGGCGACCCAGGCCUCCCAUGGACACCAGUGACACCAGUGUAUCCAUCAAAACCAGUCAAGCCAGUGAAACCAGACUAUCCAUCGAAGCCAAGCCACAAAGGAAAAACGGUUAAGCCAUCUCCACAAGGUCACACCGAGGGUCCAGACUAUCUACCCAAUGCAUUCACAUCAUUACAUGAUGAUUAUUUAAAUGACUUCUAUCGCUAA